AUGUCUACUUCUCCUGCUACUAUGUCUGCUUCUGCUUCUGUUUCUGUUACUGUUUCUGCUUCACAUUAUGACUUCUUUGCUAACUUCUUCCUUGAGUUAGCCACCCUCACUAAACCUCGACAAAGAUGGCGCUUUGGUUUCAAAGCCAUCUACUCCACCCGGGCCCUCCUCUCUCCUCUUAUCGAGAGGAAGAAUCAGAUUCUCAUGACCCAUCUCUCGGAUUCCCCUUCUUACACCGCUCUUGACAUUAAUGAUCAUGACGACUACACCGCCGAUUCCAUGCCUUUCUCCAAUUUUGAUCACGAAAGCCUAAUUGCUGUCAUAAAGGAAAAGAAAUUGUUAGAACUUCUUGAUCAGUUUGGAGGUGUUGAAGGAGUUGCUGCUGCUCUCCAAGUUAAUUUCAAGGAUGGAAUCCAUGGUACCCCUGAAGAUGUUACUCGCCGAUGCAAUAAUUUUGGUUCAAAUACUUAUCGAAAGCCGCCUACGAAAGGGUUCUUCCAUUUCGUCUUCCAAGUCGUCAAGGACACGACAAUUCUCAUUCUUCUCGUACGUGUUGCUCUCUCUCUUGGGUUUGGCAUCAAAGAACAUGGGCUUAAAGAUGGGUGGUUUGAUGGUGGCAGCAUAUCUCUUGCCGUCUUUCUUUUUAUUUUGGUUUCUGCAAUUAUUAACUUCAAGCAAUCGAAACUGUUUGAAAAGCUCUCACACGAAAGCAACGACAUGAGAGUUGAUGUAAUCAGAGACGGAUGGCGGCAACAGGUCUCCAUCUUUGAAAUCGUCGUCGGAGACAUUGUGGUUUUGAAGAUCGGUGAUCAGAUUCCGGCAGACGGGUUGUUCUUAGAUGGCCACUCCUUGAAACUGGACGAGUCGAGAAUGACAGGAGAGAGGGACUCCAUUGUGGUCAUCAAUGGUGACCAAAACCCUUUCAUGAUUUCUGGAGCCAAAGUGGCUGAUGGGUACGGCAGAAUGCUUGUCACAUCUGUCGGCGUUAACACAGCUUGGGGAGAGAUGAUGAGUUCAAUAAACCGUGACAGAGAGGAGCAGACCCCAUUACAAGUUCGCCUUGAUAAUCUUACUUCCCAUAUGGGGAAGACUACUUUGAUUAUGGCUUUCGUUGUUCUGGUUGUGAAGCUGGUCCGUUACAUCAGUGGGAACAUACAUGACGAAAAGGGGUACCGCGAGUUCAGUGGAAGGACCAAAUUUGAUGUGGUGGUGAAUGCUCUGGUGGGUAUUGUCUCUGCUGCUGACACAAUUGUAAUGGUGGCCAUCCCAGAAGGGUUGCCAUUGGCUGUCACUCUCACUCUGGCUUACUCAGUGAAGAGAAUUAUGGCUGAUCAUGCUCUGGUACACAAACUGUCGGCUUGUGAGGCUAUGGGUUCAGUCACUACUAUCUGCACUGAUAAAACUGGUACCCUCACAUUGAACAAGAUGGAGGUCAGUGAGUUUUGGGUUGGUGAAGAAGCGGUUACUGAAGAUGCUUCCAAGGUAAUAGCACCUAAUGUCCUUCAAUUUCUGCAAGAGGGGGUUAGUUUGAACACUACUGGUGCUGUUUAUAGGUCUUACUCGGGUACAGUACCUGACUUUUCUGGUAGCCCAACUGAGAAAGCCAUUCUCUCGUGGGCUGUGUUGGAUUUGGGUACGGCUGUAGAUGAAGUGAAGCAGAGUUGCACAGUUCUCCAUGUUGAGGCCUUCAAUUCAGAGAAGAAGCGAAGCGGAGUUUUGAUGAGAAAUAACCGUGAGAAAGUGAUUUGCGUGCACUGGAAGGGAGCUGCUGAGAUUAUAUUAGCUCUCUGUUCAAGCUACUUUGGCAGAACAGGGACUGCAAAACCCAUGAAUGAAGCCGAGAGGAUGAAAUUUGAGCAAAUUAUUAAAGGUAUGGCAGAUAAGGGCCUUCGAUGCAUUGCUUUUGCCUCCAAACCGGUCUCAGAAGUAGAAGAAAAUGGAGAUGCCACCCACGAGCUUAAAGAAGAUGGACUGAUCUUGUUGGGCCUAGUGGGUUUGAAGGACCCAUGUCGGCCUGAGGUAAGUGAGGCAGUGAAAGUUUGUAGAGAGGCUGGGGUUAACAUCAAAAUGAUCACUGGUGAAAAUUUUUUCACUGCAAUAGCUAUAGCCAUUGAAUGUGGAAUACUUGAAGCUGAUGAAGACAUGAACAAUGGAGCAGUGGUGGAAGGUGUAGAAUUCCGAAACUACACUCCUGAAGAGAGGAAACAGAAGGUUGAUACAAUCCGGGUCAUGGCAAGAUCUUCUCCCUAUGACAAACUACUGAUGGUGCAAUGCUUGAAAGAGAAAGGCCAUAUCGUUGCAGUCACUGGUAAUGGCACUAAUGAUGCACCAAUACUAAAAGCAGCAGACAUUGGGUUUUUUAUGGGAAUUCAAAGCACAGAAGUGCCAAAUGAGAGCUCAGACAUUGUCAUCUUGGAUGAUAACUUCAACUCAGUAGUCACAGUUAUGAAGCAGGGUAGGUGUAUCUACAGCAACAUUCAAAAGUUUAUCCAGUUUCAGCUCACAAUGAAUGUUGUUGCCCUUGUGAUCAACUUUGUUGCUGCAGUUUCCUCUGAAGUCGUCCCAUUGACAGCAGUCCAGCUAUUGUGGGUGAAUCUUCUCAGGGACACAUUGGGAACUUUGGCCCUGGCCACAGAGUAUCCUACCAAGGAGCUCCUGAAGAAGCCGCCAGUUGGUAGAACUGAACCACUUAUAACCAAGGUCAUGUGGAGGAACCUCAUUGCUCUAGCCAUAUAUCAGGUAACAAUCUUGUUGAUUCUACAGUUUCAGGGAAUUGCCAUCAUUGGUGUAGAAGAGAAGAUCAAGGACACCUUCAUCUUCAAUACCUUUGUCCUUUGCCAAGUCUUCAAUCAGUUCAAUGCAAGGAAGUUGGAGAAGAAGAACAUAUUUGAGGGGAUACAUAAGAACCGAAUUUUUCUGGGGAUAGUGGGAAUUACAGUCGUUCUUCAAGUGGUGAUGGUAGAAUUUAAGAAAAAAUAUGCAAACAAAGAGAGAUUGAAUUGGGGGCACUGGGGUGCAUCUAUUGGAAUUGCAGCUUUAUCUUGGCCUAUUGGUUGGAUCGUCAAGUGGGUACCAGUUUCUGAUAAAUCAUUCUUCAGCUUUCUCUAG